UUGCUGCGUUGGUUUUCAGUGUAUACGAUACGCUGCUGCCUGCUAGUUGGUAGUGGUUGACAUGGCGCUCGUCCGUGUUCUACGCUUCUGACUGUGAGGAGUGAUUUACACCCGAGUACCCGCGCGGCCUUAUUUAGAUUACAGAGCCCGGGAGGCCUGGAGAGCGCAGCCUGCACACGUGUCUGGAAGGCUAUGAACCAAAAUAUUUCUAAAAUGUGAGCAGAAUUUCUUCAUAAAACAAAGUCCACUUACUUUGUAAGAAAUGGAUCGGAAUAAACGCAACUCAAUUGCUGGUUUCCCUCCUCGCUUGGAGCGUGUUGAAGACAGCGGAGGAGAUGACAGUAAAGCCCAGCUGGGAAGGGUUUACCAGUCGUCCUACAACGCCCUGAUCAGUGCCUUCUCCAGACUUACACGCCUCGAUGACUUCACCUGUGAAAAAAUUGGUUCUGGCUUCUUCUCUGAAGUUUUCAAGGUACGGCACAGGGCAUCUGACCAGGUGAUGGCUUUAAAGAUGAACAUGCUGAGCAGUAACAGAGCUAAUAUGCUGAAGGAGGUGCAGCUGAUGAACCGCCUGUCACACCCCAACAUACUCAGGUUUAUGGGAGUGUGUGUGCACCAGGGGCAACUACAUGCGCUCACUGAGUAUAUAAACAGUGGUAACCUGGAGCAACUUCUAGACAGCAACCAACACCUGCCCUGGACAGUACGGGUGAAGUUGGCCCUUGAUUUGGCGCAGGGACUAACUUAUCUUCACUCAAAAGGCAUCUUCCAUCGUGAUCUUACAUCAAAGAACUGUUUGAUUAAAAGUGAGGAAGGAGGAUAUUCUGCGGUUGUGGCAGAUUUUGGAUUGGCAGAAAAAAUCCCGGAUUACAGUGACGGGAACGAGAAGCUCUCUGUGGUAGGAUCACCGUACUGGAUGGCUCCUGAGGUCCUGAGAGAUGAGCCAUACAAUGAAAAGGCAGAUGUAUUCUCCUACGGCAUAAUCCUCUGUGAGAUAAUAGCGCGGAUACAAGCUGACCCGGAUUAUCUGCCACGCACAGAGAACUUCGGGUUGGAUUAUGACAGUUUUCAGCAUAUGGUCGGAGACUGCCCUCCUGACUUCCUUCAGCUGGCAUUUAACUGCUGCAAUAUGGACCCAACACUUCGUCCUUCAUUUGCAGAGAUUGUCAAACACCUGGAAAAAGUUUUAAAUCGGUUAAAGAAUGAAGAAGUAGAAAAGAAGUCUCUCCCUGAAACCACAGAGUCCAAAUGUGUGUCUGUUCCGAAAGGAGCCAAUGAUAAAGGGCAGGGACUAAAGCGUCUUAUUUCACUGGGGCUGCAGGAUGAUAAAAUCCCUCCAAAAUCUCCACGGCCGAGAAGAAACAUCACACUGUCUCGCAGCCAGUCAGAUGUCUUUGCCCGCAAACCUUUGCGUAAAAUCAAUGUACAAGAUCCAUUCUACAUCCCCAGCAAGGGUGCAUUACGCAAAGUAAAUCCCUUCAACGCCAGGGAAGACUUAAAAGGGGGGAAAAUAAAGUUUUUUGACAUGCCCAGUAAAUCUGUCAUCUCCCAUGUCUUUGAUCUUCAUUCUCCUAAGGGGGGAUCAGCAACUGGCCUGGGUGGAACACUCAGACAGCUUGCAAGCCAGGAUACUCUGGAUUCUUCUUUUAUCCCAGGAAGAAUCUGCCGAUCUCUGCCCAUGUCUCCUGAGCUUGUGCAUAAAGACACUGCCCUGUUUUCAGCGCUGUCCUCUACUGUGGGAAAAUGUGACCCAGCACAGCUUGGCGCAGAGGUUCGUCAAAAACUCCUUUCGAGUAUUAAGUAUGGGGUCCCAGAAAUACCCCCAUACAAGCCAAAGUAUCAAGCAACUGAGUUUGUGCAGGUAAAAGAUGAAGAUAUGGACUGCACUGAUGAAAUCGGCUCCCAGGAGGAGAAUGGGUUCUGCCUUACCAGAACUGCGAGUAUAGAUGAGAAGUACCAAAAUCAGCUGCAGGUCAGCGACAAGUGUGCUGGGUCCUCGCGCAGUUCCCUGCAUUGCUCCUGUGAUGAGGACUCGCUGGACAUGUUCCCCUGUUCAGAGGACAUGGAAGUAGAGGAGGAAACCUACAGGAACUCUACAUUAUCUGAAUGCCCCGUGAGCUGCAGACCUGGGGUUCUGCCCUUACUAGCGGACAAUGAGGAGAGUAGAGACUCAGUCUUCCUGGCUCCGUGUCUGGUUACAGGAUCUUAUGAGGCAACAACAAAAUGUGACAUUUAGGGCUUCUGCGUGGGUUAGUGGAUUGUAAAAACUUUUUAUCAGGUUUACAUUGCAUUGGUUACCUGCACAUUACAAAUGCAGAAUACAAAAGGUCAUUUUCAUCUUUAUCCCUUUGGCUGCCAGAGGCCUGGAAUGCAUUGCUGUGCAAUGUCGCCUUCUUCUGGCAGCCCAGUGGUUGUGUGAAAUGCUUGUGUCGUCUUGUUCAGAUUGUUUUUAAUAUGCGACAACCAUUGGCGUUUUUUUGUAUUUUACUGUUUAGAGCCUUGUACUUGCACAAAUUAACAAUUGUUUAAAAUAUCAUUGAUCCUGUGUUUGAGAACCUGAGAGAGCCUGUGCCGGCUUAAUGAAAACUAAACAAAAACUAAAAA